AUGUCAAAAACACAUAGUUGGGCAUUACAAAAAGUGCAAGAAAAAAGUUUGCAUCGCAAUGAUAUGAUCACAAUCAAUUCACGUCCACCAUGGCUAAAAUUUAUUCCACAGAAUGUCCAAUCUUCAGAUCCAAGUACAACCAGUACAGCUAAUACUUGUAGCAUCAAAGUGUUCCCUAGAACCAUUCAGAAUCACGCCAAAGCUGCCCAUCUUGAAACUAAGCUUGAAAUCGAUAUGAUGCGUCAAUUUACUGGUUUAGGCAAACCUCAGCGCGAUACACUUUUACGAAUCAUUGACAAAAAUGCACGAAUACGUCAACGAAUGGGAUUUCCCAUUGGUGUUUUUGAACUAAUGCAAGAUGAUACUUACGAUUAUGCAUUUAAAUUCCCACAAUCAAGUCAUUUCAGUAAAUCAAGUCAGUCCAUUUCCGCAAACACAGACACUGCUCCACAUGCUCGAUUGAAAGAGUUUCAUCCACUGGACGUGAGUUUAGCCAAUGUGGGUCAAAGUACAUUGGGUGAUGGUUUACCCAGUAUACCCCAAGGGAUUGUCGUGACACCUGCUGAUGAUAAUCAUCCUGCUUUAAAAUCACAUUUCCCAUCCAUUUACUUUCAAAACGCAACAAGCAGCGAGCCCACCCAACUGAGUAGCAGCGACUAUUCUGACAAUAGCAUCGUAUCAGAAAGUAUCUUACGCAAUCAGGCAACUUCAAUAUCUAGGCUUGAAAGUAUCUCCGAGUUUCAUCAUUUACUCAAACACGACGACAGCAUGUCAGAAGGAAACAUCACAGACGAUCUAGCUGAUCUCGAAUUCCCUAUUGAAGAAUACAGUACAAAAAGCAAACUCAAAGUUGACGAAAGCGACUCAAACGAUGAUCAUGCACCGUCAGCUUCAUCUAAAUCCACCCUUGAAAAAUCACCUGCUCUUACUCCAAAACAAAAAUACUCGCAUCUGGUGGAUAUGGGGAAAAAAGGGCUAACAGUUGGUCAGCGCACUGCAACAAAGCAGGAUCUCGAGUAUGAAGCCAUGAUGGAGAUGAAACUUGUCAGCACCGAUUUACAAAAAUGGGUAGUUGAUGUUAUUGAUAAUUCCGUAAACUUGGAUCCAGAUAUCUUGGCAGAAGUAAAUCGUAUGAGUGAACUUGCUGCUGCUGCAAUGACACCAGGAACAGAAAAGCAUGCUGUAACAGGAAGUCAACAGAUUAAAUCCCUUCAACCUACAGCAAAAGCGUUGUUGGCGCUAGAAAAAGUGGAUACAUCUGGGUUUGAUGUGCUUUUGAAUGCGUGUAAGCCGUCUAUACUCGAAGCUAAACCACCAGUAAGGCUUAACGUUGUGCAUGAAAUCAACCCUCCAGAUGCUCUUGUCAGUACCCUUCAAAAGAAUCUAGGCAUGAGUAUCAUUGAUAAAAAAAAGGCCGGAGCCGAUUCUAAAAAAAAGGUGUUGCCAGAGAUUGAAAGCAGUUUCACUUACAAAAGAAAAUUCUGCCGCCAAAAAACUCGUUAUGGAGCGUGGUAUGUUCCGCCAAAAAAAUGGAAUGAGCAAAGUCACAGCCAUACUAAAUCACCAGAAACGAAUCAAGCGGAUGAUUUUAGUCAUCGACGGUUUGGAGGUAUUGUCCAAGAAAAACUCGACGAGAUCAAUAGAAAACGCGAAAUUGAUUACGAUCACUUUAUGCGGGAGCUGGAACACGGCAACAAUGGACCUGCUUCUUCUGGAUCUAUGAAUGGAUCCGCACCAUUGGCUGAAAAUGCUCUGAUUUUUCCUGCUGUAUCAUCUGCACAAUCAAUAAAUGGUGGUAGUACCGUCAUUAGUUCAAUCGGUACUGAUAUUGACAAGAUAGGUCAGACGGAAACUACAGCAGACGGGAAUCAAACAAUCGCUACCAACAGCGAAUCAAAUGGAAAUACAAAAGGACCUCGCAUGAGCGUUUCGCGUGGAGCAAGCCAAGGCAAACCACAAACAGCCUCUCGUAAAGCAUCUACUCAAUAUUCAAAAAAGUCAAACUAA